AUGAUGGUACUGUUCAUACGUACUGGGGCUGUGGCUCUAUGUGUGUCCAGAGUUAUGGCAAUCAAUUUAAAUAUCACUAAUCUUACUUCGAUCCAAGAGGCUACAGGACUAAUUCUGUCAGGGUUGAUGGAUUAUUACCAAGGGUACAAAAAAGGUGGAACUGUGGGGAUGUUCACCAAUCCAUACUAUUGGUGGGAAGCUGGUGGUGCAUGGGGGUCCCUUAUUGACUUUUCUUAUCUUAUGGAAAACGACACUUAUGUGGAUGUGAUAUCAACUUCUCUACAAUACCAAACAGGUGAGCAAAAUAAUUAUAUGCCUUUAAACCAAACAACUACCGAAGGAAAUGAUGAUCAAGGGUUUUGGGGAUUAGCAGUUAUGGCUGCGGCUGAAAAGAACUUUACCAAUCCUAAAGAUCCAGAGAAAGCAUGGUUGGCUCUCGCUCAAGGUGUAUUCAACACCAUGGCAGCUCGUUGGGAUGUAGCACAUUGUGGUGGAGGUUUGAGAUGGCAGAUUUUCCAAUGGAAUAUGGGUUAUGAUUAUAAAAAUUCAGUUUCCAAUGGGUGUUUGUUUAAUAUCGGAGCUCGUUUGGCAAGAUACACAGGUAACGAUUCCUAUGCUGAUUGGGCUGAAAAAGUUUGGGAUUGGAUGGAAGAAGUCGAAUUACUCAAAUUACAAGAAAAUUGGAACUUGUGGUUUGUUUAUGAUGGUUUAAACAAUACUAACUGUUCUCACGUUACCGAAAUACAAUGGACAUAUAACCAAGGGUUAAUGCUUAAUGGAGCUGCCUUCUUAUGUAAUUACACCCAAGAAGAGAAAUGGUGUAACAGAACUGAGAAUUUGCUUGCUGGUUCUGUUGUGUUCUUUAAUAGAACGACCGAAAACCCAGUUAUGUAUGAAGCCGCUUGUCAAGGUGCAACGAAGUCUAACUGUAAUAAUGAUCAAAGAUCAUUUAAGGCAUACUUUGCGCGUUUCUUGGCUCUUACCAGUGUGUUGGUGCCCUCCACCAGGCCUACAAUUGACAAGUAUAUUCAGAGUAGUGCUGUAGCUGCUGCUCAAUCAUGUUCUGGAGGUACAGAUGGUCAUACUUGUGGAUUGAAUUGGUCAUGGAAAGGAUGGGACGGAUAUUGGGGUUUGGGUGAACAAAUGAGUGCGUUGGAAGUGAUACAGAGUUUACGAGUCCAUGAUAGACCAGGUCCAUUAACAGCCAGCACGGGAGGAUCAUCUCUAGGUAACCCAGCUGCUGGGUUUGGAACGUCAAAUAGAGAUGCAGAGCCUUUAAACUUGACUUCAAAGGACAAGGCCGGUGCGGGCAUUAUUACGGCUUUGAUUGGAGUAUCACUUACUGCUUCAUUUGUUUGGUUGAUCAUUUAG